GCCGCGUGCGGGCCCGGCGGCCGGAGCGGGAGGGGAGGGGGAGUGCGGAGCUGUGCGCGCGCGGGGACCCCUCAGUCCCCUGUGGAGAACCGUGCGGGGCUGGGAAAGAGCGGGGUCUCCGCACAAACCGCGCGAUCCGCCCCCCGAACCCGCUUCGUUCCUCCUCUGGGCGAACCGUAGCAGCCGCUCACUGCCCGGAAUGGAGCGAUCGUGGGUUUACGGGAGGAUUUUGAGGUGAAAACGAGAGGAACGCAGCGCCCCCCCCCCCCUCCUUCCUGCGCCUUCCUGACUGACACCUGCGGGUCGCUUGGAUCCCGCCUCGUCCUGAGAGCUGUUUUAGGGAACGUAAAUGAGUGAGCUCCUCUCUGCAGUUUCUCCAGUUUUUCAUCUCCUGCUUUUGCCAUGAUCAAAUGUUUGGUGGAAGAUGUACGAGCCAGGCUGCGUUCUGGAGUGACUAUCGGCUCUCUGGGGCAGUGUGUUGAGGAACUCGUCCUCAAUAGCAUCGAUGCCAAAGCGACAUGUGUAGCUGUCAGGGUGGAUUUGGAAGCUUUUAAGGUACAGGUGGUGGACAACGGCUCCGGGAUGGGGAGAGAGGACUUAAAUGCAGUAGGAAAACGGUACUUUACCAGCAAGUGCAGCUCAGUGGGAGACUUGGAGAACCUGAUGUUCUACGGUUUUAGAGGUGAGGCUGUGGCAAGCAUAGCCAACAUGGCCAGCAUAGUGGAAAUUUCAUCCAAGACCAGCAAAACAGCAAAAACUUUUAUGAAAAUAUUUCACAAUGGGCAAGCACUGGAAGUCUGCGAAGCUGAAUUGAACCGACCGAGCGGUGGAACUACAGUGACCGUGUGUAAUCUGUUCUAUCAGUUACCAGUGAGGAGAAAGUGUAUGGAUCACGCGUUGGAAUUUGAGAGAGUGAGACAGAAAGUAGAGGCUAUUUCACUGAUGCAUCCCUCUGUUUCACUCUCUUUAAGGAAUGAUGCUACUUGUUCUAUGGUGCUUCGGCUCCCUAAAACAAGAGAUGUGUACUCGCGAUUUUGCCAAAUUUAUGGACUGAACAGAUCGCAGAAGUUACGAGAAAUUAAACAUAAGUCUGGGGGAUUUGAGCUAAGUGGUUAUAUAAGUAUUGAAGGACAUUACAACAAGAAUAUGCAGUUCUUAUAUGUGAAUAGAAGGCUUGUUUUAAAGACAAGAAUACAUAAACUAAUUGAUUUUUUAUUAAGAAAAGAAAGUGUCAUUUGCAAGGCAAAAAGUGGCCCUGUGAGCAGACAGACUAGCUCAAGUCCUGGUCACCAUCGUAGUGGCCCAGAGCUGUAUGGGAUCUUUAUUCUGAACGUGACCUGUGCGUACAGUGACUAUGAUGUAUGUCUGGAACCUGCAAAAACUCUAAUUGAGUUCAAGAACUGGGACGUUCUUCUCACUUGCGUAGAGGAAGGAGUGAAAAUAUUUUUGAAACGAGAACAUUUAUUUAUUGAACCGUGUAGUGAGGACAUCAGGGAAUUUAAUGAAGAUAAUGACUUUAGUUUUUCUAAUGCUCCAGCUCUGAAGCUCUCAAUCUCUGAGGAGAAGAGCAUCCAAGACACUUUUAAGAAAGCGUGUGAUGAAAUUGUGGAUUCCUAUGAAAUGUGUAACUUGCAAUCAAAACAUGUCAAGAGGAAGUCUGUGGCUGGGAAAAAGAUUGAAUCUUUGAAUCUUAUAGAGUCAAAUAAAAAUUUACAGGAAACUGAAAUUACCUCAAAUCAGAAGAUUGUUGAACCAUCCCAUCCAUGUAGAAACAACAAAGUGGAGAUCCCACUGCCCAGCAAAGAUGACACAGCUUCUGAUUCCAUUAUAUCAAAUAUCUCAGAGCAGGAGCCGAAACACACCAACAGUUCCGAAAAAGCAUCUGAUACUUAUCUGAAACCUUCAGAAAAUCUAUGUUCCUCUUUUAGUGGAGGGGACAGAUCAGAAACAAGAAAAGCAGACAGCUGUGGUGACGUGCAGCAUUGUGCGGAGAAUUAUAUAAAAGAUGUGGGAAGGCAGCAAGGCAAGGUAGGGAAGCAAGGAAACACAAUCCAUGUCUUAAAUAAUGAUGUUGUUCAGUUGCUGUCUGAGAGAGGAGACCUUACGGAAACAGCAGUGAGACCAGAGACUGCCUCUGAAAGUUCACUGAUAACACUGCGUAGUGCAAGAAGAGGAGACAGGGAAGGAGCUGAAGCGAUAGAUGAUGCUGGAGGAGGGGCUGUUAGUUCAGUGUCAUUAAAGUUGUGCUCUACGGGCCUCAUAACACAUGUUAUGCAAGGUGAACCCUCACAGGAACGUGACCAAACAGAAACAAAUCCUGCGUUAAACACGCAGUGUAGACCUGGCCCUGUCAGUGCUAAGAAUGUUUUUGGCCACAAAGUGAAAUUUCCGAUUCAGUCUUUAAAUGCUGAGGCUGUUUCCAAUGAUACAAAUAAAGAACAUACUACUUACACCAGGGAAUUAUGUGGGGCUGAUGGUAAUGAGUGGUUAGAGAACAAAACUUUGUCAAAUCAAGUGAGUGAGAGGGUAGCUAUACCUAUUGCCACCAGUAAAAGACGUUAUGAGACAUCAAAUGUUACAGAAUUGCCAACCACAACUUCUUCAGCUAUUCCUUACGAUAAAGUUGUAAAUAGCACUAGAAGACAAAUAGCCGUGCCAAGAUCUCAGCCCUCUAAGAAGCUGAGCCUGUCCAAACAGCUGGGUUCAUUGGAAAAGUUCAGGAGAUACUAUGGGAGAGUCGGGUGUACACUAGCAACACCGUUGUCAGAACAGAGUGAAUUUGGCCUCCCAGCUUGUAAUUCACAAGCAAAUUGUGACUUUUCCAAGAGUGACAAACAUGGUAGUAUGAGCACUUGUGAAACUCCAGCUGUGGAAGAUAGAGGUUUUAGAAAUAGUAGCCAAGUUUUUCAUUCUUUGGAAGAGACUUCGUUCUGCAGUGGAGAGGCCUCACAGGACAAGCAAACCCUCUGUCAGAGUCCUUUGACAUUGUCUGAUUACUCUGAGGCUUGUGAAAAAAAAAUAAGCUGUAAAAGAUCUCCAGGAUCAUUGUCAUCCAAAUUGUCCAGAAUGAGAAGUGACCAAAAAGAAGUAGAGCAACUUGCUGAACAAUUCCCAACAGAUUCAAGUAGAAAAGAGGACAACUGUUUUGGUCUUGAAUCUUCAAAAAAUGAUUUUUUGUAUGAUGCUUGUCAAACAUAUAAAUCCUCAGUGGAAAAAAUGACGGAAUGUAGUUACAGCAUUUCUAAGGGGGAUGCGUGCUUACGAUCAGAUGUUACGGGAGCAGCGGCCAUGAAAAGUACCAUCAGCCCAUCAUCACUCAGCAGCACGGGAGGGGCGUACACAGUCUCUUCAAGCAGCGCUUUACUGUUACGUGCUAAAAAGGAUUGUCCUAACGUCGUCUGUAAAGAUAAAAGUGUGUUAGACGAAUCCUCAGAACAAGAUUUGGAAGAUACUGAGGUUCCCCAUAUGACCUUCCCAAAUAACUUGGGUUGCUCUGCAAACAACACAAGCACAGAUGAUCCCAGGAAUGAUUUGUGGUGUUCGAACUGGAUGCAAGAUUUUGAUGUUUCGUCUGGUAGGACAAUAUACAUCAAUACAGCAACUGGCCUCAGCACCUACAGCACUCCUCCCACUGAAGGAUUUCAAGCUCCCUGCAUCCAAGAUAUAACAACAAUGGCUGUGAAUGUUGUCUCAGAGAAUGGGAUUCAGUUCAGGUGCCAUCCCUUUAGAAGUGAGAUUGUGCUACCAUUCCUUCCUAGACCUCGGAAAGAGAAGACUCUAGCAAGCCAGGAUCUGAGAGAUGCUGAAGGGGAAUCUCUCCAGUCUUUGCUUUCAGAAUGGGAUAAUCCUGUUUUUGUUCCCUGCCCGGAGAUUGCUGUUGAUGUGACCAGCAGUCAGGCUGACACUCUGGCUGUGAAAAUUCACAAUAUCUUGUAUCCUUAUCGUUUCACCAAAGACAUGGUUCAUUCAAUGCAGGUUCUUCAGCAAGUGGACAAUAAAUUUAUUGUUUGUUUAAUCAACACUAGGAAUGAAAUGGAUAAAAAAGCAGAUGGAAACCUCUUGAUUUUGGUGGACCAACAUGCAGCACAUGAACGGAUCCGCUUGGAGCAGCUUAUUGCAGAUUCUUAUGAGAAGGAAGCUGCAGCAUGUGGCAAGAAGAAAUUACUGUCCUCCUCCAUCUCUCCUCCUCUGGAGAUUGAAGUUACAGAAGAACAAAGAAGAUUUCUACGAUGCUGCUACAAAAAUUUGGAGGACUUGGGCCUUGAAUUAUCAUUUCCUGAGACCAACAGUUCCUUGAUUCUAGUGAGGAAAGUGCCACUGUGUUUCAUAGAAAGAGAAGCCAAUGAAUUACGACGGAAAAGACAACCUGUCACUAAAAGCAUUGUGGAGGAACUUAUUCAAGAACAAGUUGAGCUGGUGCAGACAACGGGAGGAGGAGCACGAGGGACACUGCCUCUGACGUUUCUGAAGGUGCUCGCUUCCCAGGCCUGUCAUGGAGCUAUUAAGUUUAAUGAGCAUUUGACUCUAGAAGAGAGCUGUAGGCUUAUUGAAGCUUUGUCAUCUUGCCAGCUGCCCUUCCAGUGUGCUCACGGCAGACCUUCCAUGAUGCCUCUUGCCGAUGUAGACCAUCUACAACAGGAAAAGCAGCCUAAACCUAAUUUGGUGAGACUGCGGAAGAUGGCACGAGCAUGGCAGCUAUUUGGAAAAAAAAGACUGUGAUAAAAAAAAGCUGGUAUUUUAAAGCUGCAGCCACUGGAAGUGUUGGGAAGAUGCCGGUCAUUGUUAGAUAGGUGUUGCUAGAAAACAAUAUCCUGUGUGGAGCCAAGCUUUUCAGCCAGUAACUGGAGUUCUGCUCUGAGUAAGACCUAAGAAGCUGGGACCAGGCGGGAGAACAUGGCAUGAGGAGCCUUGUAGCCUGGAGAAGAGUCUUCAGCAUCACAAAAUUACACUGUAAGCCCAGGCGUUAUGGUAGUGCUUGGCUAUCAGAGGCAAGAAGUUGCAGCCACUGAGGUACAAAACUGCUUUUUCUCUGCAAGCAUAGCGUGAUUCUGUGUAAUAGAAAGGAAACUUUUAAUUAAUGUAUUCUACAGUGCUCUGAAAAUGGGGAUGUAUUUAUUAAUAAAAUUAACACUAAACCCUUUCCUUACACUCAUGGCAGUGGUUGGAACGAGGACUGACACGCUAUAUAGUAUAUAUAGGCCAGCCUAGGAUCAAUAAACACUGUUUUUAUUUAACUAGGCAGUGAAUGACACACCCAGCUCUUUUCUCCAGCUCCCUGCAGUUUGGAGUGAGAGAUUUCUAAAUCCUAGCACAGCCUACGUUCUCAGGGUACAGUAACUUAACCUCACAGAAAUAACUAAAUAGCCCACAGCAUUAUUUUUUUUUUUUUUUACGAUCAGCAGACUUUUUUUUACAGGUUCCAGUUCUAUUUUGUGUCUCAGUCUAUUUCUGAAUGGAAUAGGACUAUCUCUUUGUUGAAUCACAGACAUCCAAAUUAAAACCAAAUCAGCUAGAUAUUGACAUCUGCUGAAUCAAAAGCAAAACAAAAAGUGGGAACUACUCUCAUUUGAUGCCUUAACUGUGGUGUAGUGGUCUACCAUACACUGGUAAAAGGAACUAAGGGAAAGUGAUCUGACUGAUUUGCAAGAGCCUGAGAUCUCCAAGAGGUUCCAUGCUGCUCCUCACAAAAAUGAGUAACUUCCCAAAUAAGACAAGAUGUCAAUCCACGAAGAAUAAUUGCAGUCAGUAAAGUAGUACAGGAGAGGAAAGACCUUCAAACUACAAUAAGCAAAGCAGGAGCCUGAGCUCUGCCUCCUGACAGGGAGGCAGACAAACUAGCAAUGGGACUUCUGAAAAUCUGCCUUUCGCCAUGAAUGGAACUGCCGUUCCAGCAUUGUACAAAAAGACGGUUUGUAUUUCAGGAACUCACCAAAAAUUGUCAGUAAAUU